AUGAUGACAAAGAACAUAUUAAUAACCCUUCCCAACACCCGACAAGGUCAAGGAAUCUGUAAUGCCUUCCUUCAAGAGGAUGAUGAUUCGUUCAAGCUUUUCGGAACCGUAAGCAGCAGCAGCAGCAGCAGCAGCUCGACACACGAGUCAAUAAUGCUGAAGCAAAAGGGAAUCACUCCGAUCAAGUGUGAAAUUGGUAAUCCCGAAAGCUUUGAGAAUGCCCUGAAGGAAUCACAAGCAUCGGUGGUUGUCUUGAUCACUGGCGAUGAAUUCGGUCCUCGAAACAAUAUUAGUAACAACAAGCUUACAACAACACUUGCAAAGAAGUCCCAAGAAGACUGCGAAUUUGAGAACGCCAAGAUCCUGAUUGACACCUGCACAGAACAUCAAGAUCAAAUCGACCAUCUCUUUUUCAUUUCCCUCUUCGCAUGUGACGAGGUUCCAGAUUCUCUGACUAGCUACAAGGCGAAGCAUCACAUUGAGCGAUAUUUGUGGCAGCAAAUGAGUGUCAACAUGGGCUGCUUCCACUAUGAUAUCAUCAGAUCUGGAGUUCUCUUUGAGAUCAUGGAUGGAGGACGUCCCAUGAACUCCUUGUCACGACCUGGAAAACUUAUGAGCGCCUUUGCACCAAAGGUCAAGAUCCCGUACGUAUCAAGUUUGGACGUUGGCAAAGCUGUUAUUGCCAUGCUCAACGAUCCUGAUACAUGGGGCUCCGGACAGAUUCUCCAUGCGGUAUCUUCCAUAGCCAGUGGAAGGGAUUGUGCCAUGGCCCUGUCCACAGUGUCUGGUGGCGAAACCUGCAAGUACCAACAGGUUCCGACCAUGUUUCUCUGGUUGGCUGGAUUUGGUGCCUUUGCGAAGUACUUCAAUCAGUUUGCGUCUACCCACGCAUCCAAACGACAAAAGGAGUGGCACAAAGAAUUCCUAGAAGUAGUUCCAGACACGGUUACCCUCCGAACCUUUUUCUCUGGUAUUGGGCAGUGGUCGAAUGGGACCAAUAAGUUUGGCACACCACCACCUACUGGUGCUGAUUCGGGCCUCCAAAAAUUGGUGCGUCCAUUCCAGACUCUCAAGAUUGCCGAUGAGGGGGCGGAACCUCAAGUCAAUGAUGUGGGUGUGCCAACGGACUAUGCGGUCAUUCGGACUCCUUAA